CUUUUUGUCUCUCUCUCUCUCCCCUCCUCUCUCUCUCUGUACACACACAAGACUGUUGUGGCUGCACAUUCUGUCUCUCUCACUCUUUGAUCUAUAAAGCAUUCACCCCUCUCCCCAGCCACACUACAUACUUCUCCUCUUCUACCCAAACCCACAUUUUCCCCACGGUCACAGACCCGACCCGUCUACAAAAAUGGACCAGCUCCAUUCCAUGUUCCGGCCGCCGGAGACGCCGAGGGAGCCCAUGGAAUUUCUCUCCCGUUCUUGGAGCGUCUCCGCUCUCGAAAUCUCCAAAGCUCUAGCUCCUCCUCCUCCUCAGAUUCUCGGUAAGAGUUUCGCCGGAAACACUUCCUCCGGCGCCGGUGGCGGUGCCGCCAUCCCGGAGGACAUCAUCGGCGAGUUCGAAGAUGCCGCCGCCGCCGCCGGCAACCCGUUUUCCUUCGCUUCCUCCGAGACUUCUCAGCUCAUCAUGGAAUGCAUUAUGUCUCAGUCUCAGGAUGUUUCACCACGCACGUCUGGCCGCCUCUCACACAGCAGUGGGCCUCUCAAUGGUGGCCAAAGCUGCGGUGGCUCUCUCACUGACAGCCCACCCGUCUCCCCUUCCGAAAUGGAUGACUCAAAGUUUUGUCGCAUAAGCAACCCGCCCUUGAACAACCAAUACAAGGGCGGUGCUACGGUGGCUGUAGCUGCAACCGGGGGUGGGAAGACGGUAGGGAGGUGGUUGAAGGACAGGAAGGAGAAGAAGAAAGAAGAGACGAGGGCCCACAAUGCACAAUUACACGCAGCCAUUUCGGUUGCUGGUGUUGCGGCUGCUGUGGCUGCUAUGGCUGCCGCCACUGCUGCCUCGUCGGGAGCAGGCAAAGACGAGCACGUGGCUAAAACUAAUAUGGCUGUAGCCUCUGCAGCCACCCUCGUGGCUGCUCAGUGCGUUGAAGCGGCCGAAUCAAUGGGAGCUGAGCGGGAGCACCUGGCAUCCGUAGUUAGCUCAGCUGUAAAUGUCCGAUCAGCCGGGGAUAUCAUGACACUCACUGCUGCUGCAGCUACAGCUCUACGUGGUGCAGCUACACUAAAGGCUAGAGCACUAAAGGACGUGUGGAAUAUAGCUGCAGUAAUUCCAGUCGAUAAAAGAACUGGUGGUAGCAAUGGGAGCAAUGGUAGUAAUGGCAGUUCAAGUGGUGAGCUUGCGCCUGAAGAGAACUUUCUCGGGAUUUGCAGCCGGGAAUUGCUUUCCAGAGGUUCUGAGCUACUAAAGCGCACCCGCAAAGGUGAUCUUCAUUGGAAGAUAGUAUCUGUGUAUAUCAACAGAAUGGGUCAGGUGAUGCUAAAAAUGAAGAGCAGACAUGUUGCUGGGACCAUAACGAAAAAGAAAAAGAAUGUGGUGAUCGAGGUCAUGAAAAACCUCCCGGCCUGGCCCGGGCGGCACCUGGUGGAGGGCGGUGACAACUUCCGGUACUUCGCUUUGAAGACCGUCAUGCGGGGGGUAGUCGAAUUUGAGUGUCGGGACCAAAGGGAGCACGAUGUUUGGACUCAAGGCGUGUCGAGGCUGUUGGCAAUUGCAGCCGAGAGGAACAACAACAGGAACAACGUAUAUUGAACAAUCAAAAAUACUACUUAGAUUAUGGUAUUAGCGGAAUUAAGUAUAUCGUCCCACAAGUUUUAGCUAAUCUUAUAAUGUUGAAAAUUGGGUUGGGGUUGUUUUCUACUUUUGAUUUCCAGGUGUUGCUAAUGUAAAAAGGAUGUAAGGUUUAUCACAAAAGGGUCUACUUUGCUUUGGAGAUUGUAGUUUUUGGCUUUUGUUUUUGUUUUUUUGAUCUGCUAAAGUAAAGUGAAUGCCCUAAGUAAAGCAAGAAAACCAUGUGAGAUAUGUCUGUGUUUUUAAUAUUUGUGGUGUAAGAAAAGGAGGAUCUUGGACUGACUGUUCAGUCAAAAAGAAGGGGUAAGGAUCCCUGUUCUGGCUGGCUAUAAUAUAUUCUUGAAGAUAAAGACAUGCACUUAA